AUGCACAAGAACCCGUCGUUCCAGGGUCGCGAUUUUUACAUUUUCGGCGAGUCGUACGCUGGCCAUUUCGUCCCUGCCGCCGCCCAUUACGUGUACACGCAGAACAAGCUCGCCAAGGGGCUUCGCAUUCCCCUUCAGGGAUUUGCCAUUGGCAACGGCCUUACCGAUCCGCUGAUACAGUACGCGCACGCAACGGACAUGGUCGACAACGCGUACAACUUGACGUUGGUGUCGGACAAACAAAAGGAAGAAAUGAAUGCGCUCGUCCCGGAAUGCAUUCGGCUCGUCCAAGCAUGCCAGCACGAUGCGGCGGUGUGCGACGACGCUCUGGCAUUUUGCCACGGCAACCUCGUCACGCCGCUGUUUACGACGACGGCGCGUAACCCGUACGACAUUCGACAGGACUGCCCCGGCCAGCAAGGCGUCGGGUGCUACGAUUUCAGCUACAUUGAAGCGUUUUUGAACUCGCCCGGCACGAUGGCCAAGCUCGGCGUCAACACGGUCCGCGUGCCCCAGUGGAAAGAAUGCAACUUUGACAUCAAUCGACGAUUCUCACGCGACUGGAUGAAAGUGUACUCUCAAUUGCUCCCCCCCAUGCUCGACGACGGCAUCCGCGUCCUGAUUUAUGCCGGCGACGCCGACUUGAUGGUCAAUUGGCAAGGAAACGAAGCGUGGACAGUCGCGCUGCCGUGGUCGGGCCAAGCCCAGUACCGCAACGCAACGCACAAACCGACGCUGUUUCAAGGCAAGCAGGUGGGCUACUCUCGGUCGUAUGCGAACAUGGCCUUCCUGCGUGUAUUCAACGCCGGCCACAUGGUGCCCAUGGACCAGCCAGAAGUGGCCCUCGCCAUGGUCGAUAGCUUCUUGCGCAAUGAAGACCUAUAA